AUGGCAAGCUCCACCAGCAGAGACAAACACCCCAACCCCCCAGCCAUCAUCGGCAUGGCCUGCCGGGUGCCCGGAGCCAUCAACCCAGCCCGUCUCUGGGACAACAUCCUCAGCCAGAUCGACCUCCAGCGCAAGAUGCCCCCCGACCGAUUCAACAUCGACGCCUUCUACCACCCAGACCACACCCACAAAGGCACGCUCAACACCAAGCACGGCUACUUUCUCGACCAGCCCCUCGCCGACUUUGACGCCGAGUUCUUUGGCGUCUCGGGCAAAGAAGCCGAGGCGAUGGACCCCCAGCAGCGUCUCCUCCUGGAAGUAACCUACGAAGCCCUCGAAGACCGGGGAAUCCCCCUUGCUUCUGUCAGGGGUUCGCGCACGUCGGUUUACUGUGGGAUGUACACCACUUCCAAUGAUUACCACAACCUUCAGAACAAGGACUUGGAGUACUACCCCAAGUCCCUUCGUAGUGGGGAGGCGGAUAUGGCUGUUGUUGUUGGGUCGGCACUGCAUUUUGGGCCGAAUACGUAUCAGACUAUGACUGAUAUGGGGUUUCUUAGUUCUGAUGGGAGGUGUAGGAGUUUUGAUAGGGAUGGGGAGGGGUAUGUGAGGUGUGAUAGGGUUUGUGCGGUGGUGCUGAAGAGGAGGGAGGAGGCGGUUGGGGAUGGGGAUUGGGUGAGGGCUGUUGUGAGGGGGAGUGGGGUUAAUCAUGACGGGAAGACGGAUGGGAUUACGCUGCCGUCGGCGGAGUUGCAGGAGGGGUUGAUUAGGGAGACGUAUGGGAGGGCGGGGAUUGAUCCGGAUGAUACGGGGUAUUUUGAGGCUCAUGGAACGGGGACCAAGGCGGGCGAUCCUCGUGAAGCUGCUGCUAUCGGUAAAGUCUUUGGCACGUCUACCCGCACGAGACCGCUUUAUAUGGACAGUGUCAAAUCCAAUAUUGGACAUUUGGAAGGCGCGGCUGGUCUUGCGGGUAUUAUCAAGGCGACGUUGGCUAUUCAGAAUGGCAAGAUCCCGCCCAAUAUGCAUUUCCACAAGCCUAACCCGGAGAUACUCUUUGACGAGUGGAAACUCAAGGUUCCCACUUCUGCCCUGGACUGGGUCGAGUCAGAUGGAAAGCCGCGCCGGGCAAGCAUCAACUCUUUUGGGUAUGGCGGUGCGAAUGUCCAUGUUGUUCUUGAACAACCUCUUGACUCCCCAACUGUCAUAGUCAAUGGUGUUGACAACGCCAAGACGCGGCCGUACCUGCUUCCGCUCACCUCACACUCGGAGGUAGCCGGCGAGAAAGCGAUCAGCAACCUCGCCAGUUACCUCAGCAGCAAGAAGGGGGGUGAUCAGCAGACGCUUAUCCGUGAUCUAGCCCACAGCUUCUCUACACGCCGCUCAGUGCACAGCAACAGGACCUUUGCUGUCCUGUCACAGGGGGCUGGUGUUGAAGAGCUAGCCGACGCCCUUUCAUCCGGGGCAUCAAGCGCUAAAUGGACUCAACCUCUCGACAGUGAACAGCCUAUUCGAGUAGGGUAUGUCUUUACGGGCCAGGGUGCCCAGACAUAUGACAUGGGCCGGGAGUUGAUACUUCACUCUGAAGCGUUCCGGGCAACACUGGAGCGUUGCGAUGAGGCUUUACAGACGUUCUCGCAGCCGGUGUGCACGGCUGUUCAGGUUGCAGUUGUUGACUUGUUGUCUGAUUGGGGAGUGAAGCCGUCGGCGGUGUGUGGGCAUUCGUCUGGUGAGAUAGCAACUGCGUAUGCGGCGGGUGUUUUGUCGCUUGAGGGGGCGAUUGUCACGGCGUACUACCGUGGGUUGUACAUGUCUGCUGGCCUUGAAGCAGCAGACUGCAUCCCAGGGGCGAUGAUGGCGGUGGGACUGUCAGCAGCUGAGCUAAAGGUUGAGUUGGGGGCGUAUGCAGACCGGCUCACUAUCGCGGCUAUCAACAGCCCUUCUAGCGUGACGGUCUCGGGAGACUUGGACACAGUCACGGAGUUGAAGGAGAAGUUGCUUGCUCGGAAGGCGUUUGCCCGGAAGUUGAAAGUCGAGCAAGCUUUUCACUCGCACCAUAUGGCUCCCAUGGCUCCGCGGUAUCAGGCCGCGCUGGAAGGGAGGGAGUUGGUUGUUUGUUCGCAGAAGCCUACCGCUAGGAUGUUCUCUAGUGUCACUGCCCGUGUCGUCUCCGACUCCGGGUCGCUCGGGCCGGGGUACUGGGCAGCAAACAUGGUCCAACCAGUUCGGUUCUCUGACGCUCUCACUGGAGCGGUUCUGGAUGAGGAGGAGAAACCAACAGUGGAUAUCCUUCUUGAAAUUGGCCCUCACCCAGCCCUCAAAGCUCCCGCUAAAGAAGUCCUCAAACUACUCGAGCUAGACAAGACCCCUUACCUCGGCACACUCUCUCGUGACCGCUCGGCAUAUGAGUCCCUUCUUAGCACAGCAGGAGAGCUUUUUACUCUCGGAUACCCCGUUGAUUUACCAGUCAUCAACGGCCCUGGCAACCGCCUCGUGGAUCUACCAACUCACGCGUGGAACCACAAGAACUACUGGUCUUUGAACCGCCUCACCACUGAGCACCUCCACCGCGAAACACGACACACACUUCUUGGAGUUCCCGUUCCGGGGGGGGUUCAUCACAUCCCAAGGUGGAGGAAUUACAUCCGGUUGCGUGAGAUCGCUUGGUUGAGAGAUCAUUGUGUAGAUGGGAAGGUGGUUUUCCCCGCGGCGGGUUAUUGCUGUAUGGCUAUUGAAGCGGCAGUCAGACUUGGGGACCGUAGGAACGAAAGCAUUGCCGCGGUGCAUCUGAAGGAGGUCUUGAUAAAAGCCCCGCUUACUCUGAGGGAAGACCAUGACGAGGGGGCGGAGACGGUGUUGGAACUGAGGCCUGUGGCGGAGUCGGCGAGGACGUUUUCGGAGGAGUGGUUCGAGUUUGAGGUUUCGAGUUUUGAGGAGGGUCUGGAGACGAGGCAUUGCCAUGGGAGGAUUUGGGUUGAGUAUGGCGAGCCGAGGGGGUUGAGGUCGUUGACAAAAGUGGAGGGGGUGGAGGAGAUGCAGGGGAGGGCGUUGUUUUUCCGGCAGAGGUGGCAGUCUUCUCUGCUGGCUCAUUUGGCAGUGCCAGUCACGGGCCGACCGCUGUAUGAGACUCUGCAUAUUCUGAGCGAGGAAACUCAGUGGCCGGAAAGGUUUGAUGUGUUGGGUAGGCCAGAAGGCCGGUAUGAUCUCGUUAUCGUGGGGAAGGACGCUGAGCUUUCUCCUGAGGCACUGCAAACAUCACUUGCCAGCAAUGCUGUGGUUGUCACCAGCGAGUCUCUUACGGAAUGGACACCGGUUGCAACCGUUUCCGAAUGGACCGCUUAUCGCCCAGCAACCAACGUCUCCACAGCUCAGAUUGACUUGACAGUGGUCCUACCAACUGUUUCCUCGGAAACAACACGAGCCAUCCUGGAAGAACUCGAGGCAUCCCCCUACAUCGCCUCACACGUCGUAGUCCUAAGCAGCCUUUACAACCACCCAAACCCCAUCGACCCCCCCUCAGAAUGGUUCGGCACCCGCCACCUCCUCACCCUUGAAAACAUCACCCUCCUCUGGCUCACCCUCGACGCAACAAUCCAAUCCACCAACCCCUCUCACGCCAAAAUCCUCGGCCUCCUCCGCGUGGCCCGCAACGAAAACCAAGCCUCUCGCCUCCUCUCCCUCGACAUCCAACCCUCCACCUCCCCCGCUCUCAUCACAAAACAGAUCCUCCCCUGCCUGUCAACCGCCUCAGAAGAGGACUUCUCCCUCCACCACACAACCCUCCACAUCCCCCGCAUAGAAGAAGACCUCCCCCUCAACCGUAAACUCCCCUCCGGCCUCGGCAGCCUCCCCCAACCCUCACCUUACAAUUCCCACCCCUCCCUCGCCCUCCGAGUAGGCAAAAUCGGCCUCCUCGAAACCCUCCACUUCGUCCCCCUCCCCCAAGACAACACCGCCCUUGGUGAUAAACAAGUCCUCAUUCGUGUCAAAGCCUCCGCCCUCAACUUCCACGACCUGGCUGUAGCGUUGGGGAUAAUCCAAGACUACAACAUGGGCAACGAAUGCGCGGGUGUCAUCACCGCCGUUGGCGCCUCCGUUACUAACCUUUCCCCUGGGGACCGGGUGGUAGCUUACCGUCCUGGCCAGGGGGCACAUCAGACUUUUGUUCGUCAGGAUGGUGAUAUGUGCGUGAAGAUACCUGACACAAUGUCAUUUUCUUUGGGGGCGAGUCUGCCCGUUACGAUGACGACGGCGUUUUAUUCGCUUUUCACGGUUGGACGGUUGCAAAGGGGAGAAACGGUUCUGAUACACAGUGCUGCUGGGGGGGUUGGGCAGGUGGCGAUUCAGAUGGCGAAAAAUAUCGGGGCGAGGGUGCUGGUUACUUGUUCGGAGGGGAAGAGGGGGUUGAUGAGGGAAAGGUAUGGGAUGGGGGAGGGGGAGGUGUUUAAUUCGAGGGAUGAUUCUUUUGUGAGGGGGGUGAUGGAGGCGACGGAAGGAAAAGGGGUGGAUGUGGUGAUUAAUAGUCUGGCUGGGAAACUGCUUCAUGCCACGUGGGGGUGUUUGGCGCCGUUUGGGAGGUUUGUCGAGAUUGGGAAGAGGGACAUACAUCAGAAUUCGAACUUGGGGAUGGAUCCGUUCAGGAGGAAUGUCAGUUUUGCUUCGGUGGAUAUGAUUUUGGUUUAUGAGUUGGAUAAACCCCUGGCGGCGAGGUUGUUGGGGGAGACGUUUGAGAUGGUGUUUUCUGGGGAGGUGAGGCCGCCUGAGGGGUUGUUUGAGUAUUCUUAUGGUCAGGCGGAGAAGGCAUUUCGGUUGAUGCAGCUGGGGAGGCAUACGGGGAAGGUUGUUCUUACUGUUGAUGAGGAGGAGGAGGUGAUGGUUGCCCCGCCGAGUUAUGAUCAGAGCUGUUAUUCAAGGGGGAUAGGACGUAUAUUUUGGUUGGGGGGUUGGGGGAGCUGGGGACGGCGACGGCGGAGUGGAUGUAUCUUCGUGGGGCGAGGAGGUUUGCGUUCAUGUCCCGGUCGGGGGAUCAGAGUAGGGGAUGUGGGUGUUUUGGCUGAUGUUGAGAACGUCGUUCGGGAGAUUGGUCCUUCGCUGGCUGGCGUUUUCAAUAUUGCGGUUGUGCUACAGGACGGCAUGAUCAGGUCGUUGUCGUUUGAUCAGUACCAGACCGGGCUGCACACCAAGUGCACCGGUGCGUGGAAUUUGCACACAGCAACGUUGGGCAUCGACUUGGACUUUUUCGUCUGCUGGUCGUCGGUGUCGGCCAUCUGCGGUAACAAGGGACAAGGAGCCUAUGUUGCCGCCAAUGCGUACAUGGAUGCCUUCAUGCGCUGGCGACGGGAGCAGGGCCUUGUCGGAACGGCUAUGAAUCUUGGUGCUGUGCCCACGAGGGGCUUGGUUGCUGAGAAUGAGCUUGUCAGGAAGAGCCUCGACAGAAACAAGCUCGAUAUCCUCACGGAGCAAGAACUCAUGUUUUUGAAUGAGGAAGCAGUACAGCUGAAGAAGCCUGAUGCCGCCACAGAUGGCCUCGACUGGCAUCAGCUGAUUGUCGGCGUCAACACAAAGGAGCCUGAUGUUUGGUGGUCGGAGCGGUCCGUCUUCCGCACACUAUAUGCCAACAGAUCGUAUGGCACCGGGGCCGGCAGCGGUGCUGCAGCUGGUCAAGUGAGCACGGCAAGCCUCCUCGCAUCCGCAGGGAGCGUUGAGGACAAGACUGCCGUCUUACAGCAAGCGUUCACCCAGAAAGUGGCAACAGGCUUGAGCACACCAACAGAGAGCAUUCUGCCAACCAACCCGUUAUCAUUCUAUGGCCUCGACUCGAUCGUGGCUGUCGAGUUCCGGAAAUGGUUCAAGGAAACUGCCGUAGUUGACCUUUCGCUGUUUGAUAUACUUGGUGCAAAGUCCAUUCAGGGGCUGGUCGAAAAGGUCGUGGCGUCGAUGCCUGUUGCAGCAGUAUCUUCGAGCGAGGAGCGUGUGAAGACAUGUUCGGGUGAGAAGCAGACAUCAGCGAGUGUUAUCAAUGGCCAACAUGAUCAGAGAAGGAAGCUGGAUCACAUCCCGAGACUCCAAACGUCUGGUCCGGUGCCAGUGUCAACUCACCAAGCGAGAAUGUAUGCUCGCCAUGUCCGCGCCGAAGACAAGUCUCAGAUGAACCUAUGUGGUGUCCUGCGCAUCAGUGGCCACCCAGAUCUACCUGCACUAGGAAAAGCCUUCCACGAGACUGUACGACGGCACCAAGCACUGAGCACAGCAUUCGUCCAAGACGGCAACCGGCUCGUUCAGUCACCAUCGCCAGAGCCGAAAUGCCAUCUGAUCAUUGAGGACGUAUCAUAUACCACAUCCCCUCAAACAGAGCUCCAGAUCAUCAUCUCACGUCUUCGAAACCAACAACUCGAGAUAGCCAAAGGCGAAGUAGCAACUAUGACCCUCGUUAGAACAUCAGAAACCGAGUACUUUGUCAUCUUCAUCGCCCACCACAUCUGCUUCGACAGAGCCAGCUUCACAAUCCUCUCAGAUGACUGGAUGGACCUCUACGACGCGAUCCGCUCCAGUCGAGACCUCGACACGGUCCCCUCCCCACCCAUCACCUUUGCGGACUUCGCCCAGUGGCACAACACCCUCCUCAAGUUCCCACCAGCCCUCGCAAACCUAGACUUUUGGACCCAAGAGCUCACCAACCUCCCAACCGCCGGCACCCUCCUCCCCUUCGCCCAGCGAAAAACUCGCCCCUCAACCUGGCAAACCCACCGCCGUCACUUCACCACCCAACUCCCCUCCAAAUUCUCCAAACGCCUAAAGCGCAUCUGCGCCCACCUCUCCUCCACCCCCUUUCACUUCCUCCUCGCUGCGUGGCGAGCCUACCUGUUCCGGCACACCGCCGACAAAGAUUUCACAAUCCUAAUGCUAGAAGGCAACCGUCCCCACCCCGACGUCGAGUCUGUGAUCGGUUGCCUAGCUAACGUCCUCCCUCUCCGCUUCAACAACGACUGCUCCCUUCAGACACCCUUUGAAGAUGUCAUAACCUCCGCUCGGGACCUCACGCUUGAGGCGUUGGAGCAUGCGGAGGUGUCGUUUGAUGAUAUUGUCGAUCGUGUGGUUGGAAAGGAAAACAGACCAGAGGGGCAUAUGCCGCUGGGGCAGGUGGCGAUUAACUUCCAGAUGCAUGGUGGUGCGCCGUGGGAGUAUAGGCAUGCUGAUUUUGAGGUGGGGGUUCAUCGGUUGUAUAAUAUUGGACAUCCUUGCGAGCUGGUGCUUGAGGUUGUGGAGGGGGGGGAGGGGGAGUUUGGGUUUUUUAUGCAGCAUUGCACUGUGCUUUAUCGGGAUGAGGAUAUGGAUCGGUUUGGGGAGGGGUUUGUGAGGUUCGUGGAGAGCGUGGUUAGGGACCAUAGGCAGGUUGUGGGUGAGGUUUGA